AUGGAACAUCCGGAUUAUGUACAUGCUAUUUUAGAAUUUAUGAAAGAGUGGAAAUCAUUACGGCCAAUCGAAAAGCGGAAACUACUUGGAAAGCCUUUGCAACUACCUCUAUCACUGGAGUUAAGUUACUUGAGUGAAAGUACUAGUCAUAACAGCGAGGGAUUGCUCAGGGGAGGGAGCAAAAGACGAAAGACACCAUUUUCUGAGAUCAGUAUUCCUUUACCUCCAAAUUCAGUGUGGAAAAAGGUCAACCUUCGAAGUGGCUACCAAAAAAAGGAAAAAGAAUACACCCAAGCUUGGAGUACGAGCAACGAACCACUCUGUAAACUCUGUCAAAAGCCCUGCAAGGGAAACAACGCCAAAGAGCCUGAGUAUUUUGAGGAUCUUUUCUGUGAUCUUGCAUGCUAUGAAGAUUACCGAACAAGAACAAGUAGCAGAUAUAUUCGCCAGAUAGAACAUGGGAUUUGCUCAAACUGCAACUUAGAUUGCCACCAACUUGUUACACGAAUAAGGCCUUUACCGCUGGAAAAACGCCGUAAAUACAUAAAUAAAGUUGCGCCAGAAUUGUUUGCCCGGAAGAACUUGCUCGAAACCCUGGUUAAUGAUCCAAAUGAGGGAAAUGCGUGGCAUGCAGAUCAUAUCAUUCCAGUUUACCGAGGUGGAGGCGAGUGCCGGCUAGAGAACAUGAGGACGCUUUGUGUGGCUUGUCAUGCCGAUGUCACUGCAGGUCAAUGCACAGAACGUAAACUGAUACGGUCCAAAGCCAGGAAGCAACUGAAAAACACAUUAAACGAACUCAGAAACAAUCCAAACCAAACAAAUCUCUUAGCUGACAACACAAAGGAAGCUGAUUGUUCGGUUUCAGCAAUCGAUGAAGAGGAAGACGAGCUUCUGAUCGAAGUUCCAGGCAGUGCCUACUCCAUAGAUCAGAAAACCAGUCAUGCCGAAACCCAUACAUCUCCCUGUCGGGAUGUGGUUUCGCUAAAAACUCCUCCCAAACAGACUCAAACUAAGUCUCCUAGAUUCACUAGACCUAUAAUCGCCACUAACUCAAUAACCACUUGA